AUGCGUGUUCGUACAUACGUCAUAUUCACUUUAAUACUCUGCCCUCUCUCACACAAACACACGCUCCCUCUCUCUCCCUCUCACACACACACGCUCUCUCUCUCUUUCUUUCUCUCUCUCUCUCUCUCUAUCUUUCUCUGUCUUAGACCUACUCCCACUCCUUGUCAUUUUCUCUGUCUCAUCACAAACACACUCUCUUCUCUUUCUCCCCAACUUUCUCGCUUACAUAUUCUUCGUCUCUAUUUCCUCAUCUCUCUCUCUCUCUCUCUUUCUCUCUUUCCCUUUCUCGCUCUCUCUGCCUCUCUCAUCUCUCUCUCUCUCUCUCUCUCUCACUCCGUCGCCAUUUUGGUCUUUUGUUUUUCAGUCGAUAACCAUUGUAGUUUUGCUAAUCUUCUUUCUCUCUUUUAUCUCUCUCAAUUUCUCUCUCUCUCUCUCUCUCUCUCUCUCUCUCCCUCUUAUGCCAGUGUCAUCGUCUUGUAA